AUGGAUUCUAAUAAUUUUUCGCAGGUUUUGACUCAACUGCAAGAAACCAAUCACGCAUUUUUGGCACAAAUGUUGGCUCAAAACCAAGCUAUUUUGGAAGAUGUUAUUUCGAGGAACAAGAGCUCUUUGGUGAUACCUUCGUUCAGAAAUUUCAAUAAUGGAACAGAACAAUGGUCAACAUAUCAAUUUCAAUUGGAACAGCAUAUGAUAGCAAGUUCUGUAAAAUGUGAAGAUACGAAGCGGUCUUGUUUUCUUAGCUGGGUUGGAUCUGAUGUUUUGGAGCUUUUGCAAAGGCUAUUUGAUGGGAAAGCAGAAGUACAACCAUACAAGGAGUUAGUUACCGCAUUAGAAAAGCAUUUUGGAAGUCAACAGCACAUUUUAGCCGCUCGAUUUAAAUUUUAUAAUCAAACAAGAAUGAAGGAGAAUCAGAAAUACGUUGAUUGGGUUGCAGAUCUAAGAGGUGUAGCCAGAGAAUGUAAUUUUACGUGUGAAAAUGAAUACUGCAGACAAUCCUACGUCGAUAACAAAAUAAGGGAUAUGAUUGUGUUAUACACUCCACAUAAGAAAGUCCGAACAGCUUGUUUGCAAAAAUCAAAUCCAUCUUUAGAAGAGGUGCUGCAAAUUUGUUCAAUUUUUGAAGCAACUGUUAAGGCGUCGGAUGAGAUCGAAGAUACUAAGGAGCCGACAAAUGAAGUUCACGCUAUUCAACGUUAUAAUGUUUCAGAAAGUAAAUCAAAGGGAAAGCUUACUUUCAAGAAUUUACAGUCUUGUCCAGGCUGUGGAAAGUCUCAUCAGAGAGAAGAAUGUUAUCACUUUAAGAAUAGAACCAGAUGCAAUAGAUGCUCGAAGCUUGGACAUAUAUCGAAAGUAUGUCAAGCACAAGGUAAGCUUGGAAAUAGUCAACAAAUUCAUGAAAUGGAGGUAGAGGAAUCGUCUAUAAGUCACGUUGAAGCAAUCGACACCGUCAAUAAUGGAAAGAAUGAUAAACUCAUGAUCACUAUUAAGGUAAAUAACGAAGAAUUGCCAUUUCAAUUAGACACUGGAGCUUCAUGCUCAUUGAUUGGACUUGACGUCUACAAGAAAUUAAAACAACCUUUGUGUAGUCCAAGUAAUAAAACAUUAAAAGCGUAUGGAGGAGCUAUGUUGGCUCUAAAAGGGGUGGUUAAUGUGGAUGUUAAGGUCGGCAACCAAACACGAAAUUUACAACUUUACGUUGUUGAUUUGGAAAAUGUUGUGAACAUAUUUGGAUUCGAUUGGUUUAAAGAAUUUGAUUUUCAGAUAAAAAGUCCAUACAAUAACCUAGUGAUCGAAAACUGCUUGCAAGUUUCAAAUGACUCUCUUACGGAUUUAGAAUGUAGAUUGAAACAAGUCUUAAACAAUUUCAAUGAAGUUUUUUCUGAAGGACUUGGACACUGUCCAACGUUUAAAGCAGAUAUUACCCUUAAGUCCGAUGCAGUUCCAAAAUUUAUGAAACCUUACAAUAUUCCAUUUGCGUUACACGACAAAGUUCGACAGGAAAUUGACCGUUUGGUCUCCAAUGGCGUCAUAGAGCCAAUAAAUUCGAGUGAAUGA